AUGUCAUGUUCUGCCUUGACACCACCAAGGCGCAUCAUCAAGAUCACAUCUGAUCCUCCAUCUACCUUUGUAUCUCGAAAAGAUCCCAGAAGGACCCCAACGCAUCCACAUCUGGAUUUACCCAUUUCUCCAUGGUCUCGCGCGACGGCGGUGGCGGCGGUGGCAGCGGCGACAGCUAGUACAACGACGACGACAGUGGAAGCCCCCUCGUCAACAAGAGUUGCUGCCGGUGCUGACUCUUUACCUCACGCGUCGUCUUCAUCGUCAUCUCCUCGGCAUAGACCUAUGGAGCUUCCCCCAAAUCCCGAAUCUCCUCUAAAAACUAGACGCGAGCGAUCGGAGAGUAUCGUCUGCUUGUCCUCGCCUGUCAAAUCUAGUCGACUGGGGUCGGACUCAACCUCGGCACAUAGUAUGAAAGGAAAGGGAAAGCAUAGAGAGGAGAUGGAUGAUUCGGACGAAGAUAGAAUACCUCCAUUGUCAGAAGCGCUAGACAUGGGAGACAUAGGGGGCGGGGGCAGGAAGCAAAGUGUUCUGGAGUUGCAGGACACGGCGAAGAGGUGGAUCGGAGCAGAUACGAGGAUGUCUGAAAGGAGGAAACGAGAUGAUACCAGACAGUCUCGAUUAGCUGAACUGCAAGCGAAACGGCGUAAAGUCUUUCUAUCGCCAUCGCCAUCGGCAUCCCCUGGUCCCAUGGCAGAUGAGUUAGGAUCUUCAGUACCGCAAACUUCCGACAGUAUCACUCAGCCGACGACCCCAUACGACCGUGUUGACUUUGCCCUGGGGAAUGAGGUAGCGGACAGUGGCGCUGAAUUGGAAUGGUCGCCAAGUCCUGUUGGCUCUCCUCGGGAUAUCAAGCACGGCAUCCCGAAACCAUCUGGAGAAGGGAUGGAAGGAAUGAUGUCGGCGAGACGCGAGCUUGUUCUCCAGUCCCCUCCACCUGACAUAUCGAACGCGUCAAUAACGGAGUCAGAGGAGGUGGCACAUCCACCAUCGCCGAAGUUAGACAAAGGCAAAGGCAAAGGCAAAGAGGCGUCUCUUGCCGACUUAUUCCAGAAUGAUGACGGAGACACGGCUGAUCGAAGACGACUCGAUGAGUUGAACGGACAUUCGCAAUUCGAGGGUCAGGACGACUUCGAUUCUGCUUUCAUGGACGUUGACCCGGAUUCAUUCACGUCGUCCUCGGGACCGAGUCUCUCCAAAGCAGUAACCCCAGAUGACGACCCGAGCAUCCCCGAUGGCUUGGAGGAUGAAAAUUCGAUUCUCCCUCUUACACAGUACGAUCUGAGUGGAGUGGAUUUGUUUGAUGAUGACGACGAUUUCGGCCUCUUAGGUAUGACUGGACCUAGUGAAGUUGAGCCUCUGUCCAAGACUGGGGGAGUCGUCAGUCCCAUUGUGCUGAUUCACGAGCUUCCCGAGGAGUACGCGGAUUUCUUCAGGGAACAUUGGAGGCGGGGAGCAGACUCGUCCAAGGCUAUGCAGAUGGACAGCCCAGAUAGAGGGAACACGAAGCGACGUGCAAACGCCUCAAGUUCUAAUGCGCGAGGGAAGCCAUGGAAGUCAUUCGGUGGACGGAGAAAGUAUUUUGGGAAGCGUAGAGCCAGAGGCAAGGCGUAA